UCCGCUUCCGCCCCAGCUGUCCUGUCCGUUCUAGUGCGGUAGAGUGUUCGGGAUGGCGGCGGGAGGCGACUGCGGCGGCCAGCAGGCGGCCUGCGGGCACGACAGCUACCGCUCGCCGCUUGCCUCCCGCUACGCCAGCCCGGAGAUGUGCUUCUUGUUUAGCGACAGGUACAAAUUCCGGACCUGGCGGCAGCUCUGGCUGUGGCUGGCGGAGGCGGAGCAGAAAUUGGGUUUGCCUAUCACAGAUGAACAAAUCCAGGAGAUGAAGUCAAACCUGGACAACAUCGACUUCAAGAUGGCAGCUAACAGAGAGAAACAGUUACGACAUGAUGUGAUGGCUCACGUGCACACGUUUGGCCACUGCUGUCCAAAAGCCGCUGGCAUUAUACAUCUUGGUGCCACCUCCUGCUAUGUUGGAGACAAUACAGACCUGAUUAUUCUUAGAAAUGCACUUGACUUGCUUUUACCAAAGCUUGCCAGGGUGAUCUCUCGGCUUGCUGACUUUGCUAAGGAACGAGCUGAUCUUCCCACCUUAGGUUUCACACAUUUCCAGCCUGCUCAGCUGACCACAGUUGGGAAACGUUCCUGUCUUUGGAUUCAGGAUCUUUGCAUGGAUCUCCAGAAUGUGAAGCGGGUCCGCGAUGACUUGCGCUUCCGUGGAGUGAAGGGCACCACGGGUACUCAGGCCAGCUUCCUCCAGCUCUUCGAGGGAGAUGACCAAAAGGUAGAUGAGCUUGACAAGAUGGUGACAGAAAAGGCAGGAUUUAAGAGGGCUUUCAUCAUCACUGGGCAGACCUAUACACGAAAAGUGGAUAUUGAGGUGCUGUCUGUGCUGGCUAGUUUGGGGGCAUCAGUGCACAAGAUUUGCACCGAUAUACGACUCCUGGCGAACCUCAAGGAGAUGGAAGAACCCUUUGAAAAACACCAGAUUGGCUCCAGUGCGAUGCCAUACAAGCGGAACCCUAUGCGCUCAGAGCGGUGCUGCAGCCUUGCCCGUCACCUGAUGGCCCUUGUCAUGGACCCGCUGCAGACAGCAUCUGUGCAGUGGUUUGAACGCACAUUGGACGAUAGUGCCAAUCGACGUAUCUGUUUGGCCGAAGCAUUUCUCACUGCAGAUACUAUACUGAAUACGUUGCAGAACAUUUCUGAAGGAUUGGUGGUGUACCCCAAAGUAAUUGAGCGGCGCAUUCGGCAAGAGCUGCCUUUCAUGGCCACAGAGAACAUCAUCAUGGCCAUGGUGAAAGCUGGGGGUAACCGCCAGGAUUGCCAUGAGAAAAUUAGAGUGCUUUCCCAGCAGGCAGCUGCUGUGGUCAAGCAGGAAGGGGGUGACAAUGACCUCAUAGAGCGUAUCCUCGCCGAUGUCUACUUCAGUCCCAUUCACUCCCAAUUGGACCAUUUACUGGAUCCUUCUUCUUUCACUGGGCGUGCAUCCCAACAGGUACAGAGAUUCUUAGAAGAGGAGGUCUACCCCCUGUUAAAACCAUAUGAAAGUGUAAUGAACGUGAAAGCAGAGUUGUGUCUGUAGAGUUGGAAGAGAAUUAAAAGUCAUUGUCGGCUGUGUUAAUUUUUAUUGCCAAAUCAUGAAAAUUGUUACUCUAGUGCCUUGUUUUACCUCAAGAAUUGUUCCCUUAAAUUAAUACAGCACUUUUCUUUCCAUGAUGCGGUCACAUUUCUCAAGGUUUACAAUGCGGAAAAAAUCGUGUUGUAGUUGGAUAUUUUUUUUUAUAGCAACACAAAUUUGCAUAAUAAAUGUAGCUCAUAGUCUGCUCUGUUCUUUCAAGG